AUGAGUGAACAGUUUGUGAUCAAUAAUGUCGGUGAAGCGCCUAGUGAGAAACCAAAACGCAAAAGACAAAGAACAACAUUGACCUGUUUAUACUGCAAGAAGAGAAAAAUCAAAUGUGACAAGGCAAAACCAAGGUGUUCCAAUUGCCUGAAGUUAGGGCGUGUAUGUGAAUAUGAGAAACCAACUUGGGUGAAUACAAGUAUCAACCAAGAAGAGGUGAAGACAGAUGUUAUCGUGGAUAAAGGGUAUGCUUCAAAGACUAGAGAUGAGUUAUAUCAAGAAAUUGAGUAUUGGAAGGACCAAGUAUUGAACAGUCAGUCAAAUGUGAGAAAUGGUGAUGAUGGAAAUGAUAAACAUGACGCUGAAAUCAGUGUCACUCUAAGAUCAACAGGUUCUGAUAGUUUAGAUCCGUUCUAUGGCUGCGGUUCAGAUACUCUUGACUUUUUUAAAAUCUAUGAUAGUUUGGCACUAAAACAUUCCAGUCAUGAAGAAUACAAACCUUUGAACAAUAUGGUUGUGUAUAAACUUGAUCCAUAUCUGUCAUUUUUCCUAUGCUUUAGAUUUAUUACUAUACAAGUUGCAUCUACACCAACUCCACAAACCAUGAAACAAAAUUGGAAAACAAGACAUCCAUUUGGUGAGAGUAAAUGGUUUUCAUUGUUAGAUAUGGAUAAUGGUGAUUCAAAUUUAAAAAAUUCAAUUCAAAGAAUAAUGUCCGAUAGGUCUGAACUAUUUGGUACUAAUAUAUUCCCAUUCAUGAGCUUUAAGAUUACAGAUGAUGGAAAUAUUCAAUUUUUGAUACAAGAAAUAAAAGAAAUCAUACCCACAAAGAUUGAUAUGGAUACAUUGCUAAUAUUUUAUUUCAACAAUAUGUGGAUAUUAAGACCAUUUGUUGAUGAAAAUAUGUUUUUUAAUGAUAUUAGAAGAAUUAUUACAUUUGAUGAUGAUGGUCUAAAACCGGAAGUCUCCUUAAGUGAAAGACGUGAUUUGGCAGUACUUUCAAGUUUAUUGAUUAUUUUAAGGUAUGCAUCUAACUCAAUAUCAAUCACAGAUGAUAAACAUUUAUCUGUUUUUUUAAUACCUUUAAAAGACCGAAGAAUCCCUGUCAGAGCAAUUACAAUAGCACAACUGUGUCUCUCAACAUAUAAAGUCAUGAAAAAAACCACAUUGGAAAUUGUCCAAGCUACUUUAUUUUUAAGAUUUUAUUUUAAAGAAUGCCCUGAAGAUGGUGAUAGUUUAACAUUAGGUCAAUCACAAAUAUUAUUUGGAUCCUUGGUACAGUCAGCUUUAACAAUGGGUUUGAAUAGAGAUCCAAACUUUCACUCUGCAAUAGAUGAUAUAAACAUGGUGAAUUUGAAAAGAAGAUUGUGGUUCAUUAUCGUGGGUAUUGAUAUUGAAACAUCAAUAUUAUCAGGAACUUUGAGUGUUACGCCAGAAAAUACCUUAGUUGAUGUUCAGUAUUCAGAUGCUUUAGAUCUAGAUCCUUUAAACCAGGCUAUUUUUGAAGAAUUUAGAAAAGAAGCAGAAUUACAUGAUAUAUAUCGGGAAAUUUGUUAUAUGAUCAACCGUAUGGAUAUUAAACCAACAUUAUCAUCUUUAAUGGCAGUAUGUGAUAAAGCCAAAUUCAAAUUGGAAGAACAUUACUCGAUAAUUAGUAUGACUCCUAUAUCAAAUAUUACUGAUUUAAGAUCAAAUGAAUAUAGAGUAACCACUUUCAAAAAUCAUAAAAUUUUGGAAAAGAAUAUAAUACAUUUUUGUUUUGAAAUUGUUAUUUAUCAAUUAAUAUUCAUACACUAUGAAGAGGAAAAGUUUUCAAACUUUAAACUAUUUAAAAAAUUUUAUAAAUUAACUUUAACAAGUUUAACUAAAGCAUUUGAUAUUUCAGAUGCUUAUCUUUCUGGUGCUUUCCGGAAUUUUAUUGAUCUAGCACAAUUUAAUUUUUCAUUUUAUCCCUUAAUUUCUAAUUUGUCAUAUAGAUGUGCAAACUGUGUUGCAGCACAAUUGGUAAGAUCUUUCCAUGCACAAGAUUUAUUGAAAUGUCCAUUAGUUGGUGUUACAAUUAAGGAUCAAUCUAGAACAAAUACAAACGUUGAAGCUCAAGAUUAUGAUAAUUUUAUUCAAAUUUUAUGUUCCAUGUAUGAAAAUCAUUUAAAACUUUAUGAACAAGUUAUUGGUACCAAAUAUCAUUUAUCAUUGAAAAUUAUAUGUUCAUGUAAAUUUAGCUUUCAUUCAUUGAAAACACAUAAAUUUUCUUUAUUCAACAGUAUAAUCAAUUUUAUGGAAUAUAAUGAAAAUAAUACAUCACAAAGUAAAUCAGUCUGGGAACAAACUGAAAGGAUUAAAGAAAUUAGAAGAUCUUUAAAUUCAAAUACAGAUCUUUAUUCUAUUUAUACACAAUGGAAGCAAAUCACUAAAUUGAAUAAGAGUGAUACAAAUCAGCAAGUUCAAAAAAUAUUAAAAGAACAUGGACCAAAUUGUAAUGCAAUAAUGAAUAUCAAUCAUAAAAACCAUUUCAUAGAUUUAACUAAACAGGAUCUUGAAGAAUUCACAAAUAUUUUAGGUGGAGGAUUUAGAAUUUGUGCUAGUUCAACUUCAAAAAUGAAUUAUAAUCAUGAAUUGAAAGAGUAUAGUAAUGAUGAAAAAUUCACUACAAAUGCCUCAUCUGCUGAAGAUCAACUACAUAUGUUUUAUGAAUCUUUACGUGAGAAUAGAUGGAACAUUACAACGAAUCCAAUUAUUAAUGAUAAUGAUGUUGAAAUUGAUCAAACAGUUAUAGAGAAUUUCCAUUUAAAUGAUGAUUUGUUGAAUGAGUUAUUUGGUCCAAUAAAUGAAUCCACCAGUCAAUUGAAUGGGUUUUUUGGAUUCUGA